UUUGUUUACCAAUAAUCUCCCUUUGGUAGUUCUCUUACGCCACCACGUGAAAAAUGGCAACACAGGCAGUUGACGGAAUGAAUCAAAAUGCGAGUGAAAAGGAAUUUACAGUUGUCAGAUCAAGGAAAAGGAAAUUGAAACCCGAAACAGAGACUUCAGAGUCAGGAAUGGACACAUCUGCCCCUCCUAAGAAACCCCAUUUUCCGCCAAUAAGUGGCGACAAAUUGACAGGAGGAAAGUCUGAAUUCAGAAAAAUACCAGUACCAAGUCACAGGUACACACCAUUGAAAGAUAACUGGAUGAAAAUAUUUACACCAGUUGUGGAAAAACUCCAUCUUCAGAUCAGAUUUAACCUUAAAACUCGUAAUGUAGAGAUCAAGACCUGUAAAGACACGAAAGAUAUUGGAUCCUUACAGAAAGCAGCUGACUUUGUGAGGGCCUUUACACUAGGAUUUGACAUUGAUGAUUCCUUAGCUUUGGUUAGACUGGAUGAUCUCUUUUUGGAAUCUUUUGAUGUAACUGAUGUAAAACCUUUGAAAGGUGACCAUUUAUCAAGAGCUAUUGGAAGGAUAGCUGGUAAAAAUGGAAGGACAAAAUUUACGAUAGAAAAUGUAACCAAAACCAGGAUUGUGUUAGCAGAUUCGAAAAUACACAUAUUAGGAUCUUUUUCAAAUAUCAAGAUAGCUAGGACAGCCAUUUGCAAUCUCAUAUUAGGAAGCCCACCAUCAAAAGUUUAUGGAAACAUGCGGAGUGUGGCAGCCCGGUCUUCAGAGAGAUUCUAAUUGUUGUUGUGAAAAUUUUUAUAUAAAAAUGGAGAACUGUUGCAAUAAUGGUGGCAAUUAA